AUGUCGGCCGAAGCCUCCGCGGCGCCCGGGAAGGAUGAAGCGCCGCUCGCGCUUUCGGGACCUGAGCCGGAGCUCUUCGUGCGGUGCUACCUGGCCCGCUUUGGCGCUUUGCGGGCAGGCCCCGACCUCAGCCGGGCCCCGGAGGGUGAGAGCGGCCGCCGCCGCUACAAAGAGCUCCACCUGGUGUUCGACCAGCUUAUCUCGGAGACUUGCGGUCCCGCAGCGGGGAGGGAGGCGCCUGAGCAGCCUUGCAGAGCUGGCUCCCGCUCAGCGGUGCAGCUGAGGCAGAGACUGGUGCGGGCCAAGGGAGCAGUGCCACCACUCCACAGAGGGGGUGGUGGCAGUGCCAGGGGCAGAGCCUUGCUCGGAGGAAGCCUCAAGGCGCGGAUUUGGGGCUCCCUCGUGACGCGGGCUGCAGCAGCCCAGACCUUGAUCCCACCCCGGUUGGGCGGCGGGCGGAAGGAAGAGGAAGGCGGGGGGAGACUCUCUUCCCCUUCUGGGCGGCCGGGGCCGGCGCGGGCUUCUCCUCCUCCUCCUCCUCCUCCCGGGCCGGAAACCACCCAGCCGCUUUUUGCCGCCGCCGAGGCGCUGGGCUGGCGGCGAAGUUGCUUUGGGGCGCCGGGGAAAGUUCGCCCGCUCCGGAGCAUCCCGAGAGAGAGGCGGCAUGUCGGAGGAGCCUCUGCCCGCAGCCUGCCGGGGGAGGAGGGGGAGGCGAGAGGCGGAGCGGAGGCGGCAGCCCGGAGGCGCUUGAAGGGGGAGAGCCAGCUCCGGAGUAAGCAGCGGACGCGCUUCGGAGGCGGCAGCCCGGAGGCGCUUGAAGGGGGAGAGCCAGCUCCGGAGGAAGCAGCGGACGCGCUUUGGGGAGGGGGCGGCGGAGGAGGAACUAUGGAAGAUGGUGUGAAGGAGGAGCUUCCCGAGAAACCAAAAUGUGCUUCUACUGCGGACAAAGUGGGCUGGAUCAAAAAGAACAGCGGAGGGAUCCUGGGAUUCUGGAAAGAGCGAUACAUUCUGCUUUGCAAAAGUCAGCUCUUGAUGUACGAAGAUGAGGACCAGCAGAAGUGCGUGGAAACCGUUGAGCUGGAAAACUAUGAGAAAUGCCAAGACUUGCGGGCUCUCUUGAACAGGAAGCAUCGCUUCAUUUUAAUUCGCUCUCCAGGUUACAAGGUGCAAGAUAUCAAAUUUCAGGCCUUUCGGAAGGAAGAAAAGGAGUCAUGGAUGAAAGCCCUCAAUGAAGGCAUCAACCGAGGCAAAAACCGGGUCUUUGAUGAGGUGAAGGUGGACCAAAGCCUCUCUCUGGAACACGUGACCCGAGGCAGAGCCAAAAUGGGGCAAGGGCGUCGCCCCCCAACCAGAAGCCAUCUGAAAGAGGUUGCCAACUCCGUGUCCGAUGGAAUCCUGAGACUGGACUUGGAUGUACCAGACAGUGGCCCUCUGAACACCACCUUGGUAGCAAGCGACACUAUUAACGUGUCCCCUCCCAAGGAGCCAAUCAAGCCGCCCAUGCCCCCGACUAAACCACUCACUGAGAAGCUGGAUCCAGAUCCGAUGUCCGAAGAUCUGGACGCCAAGAGCCCCCCGAUGCCUCCUGCUAAGAGUGUUAAAGAAACAGACGAACCCAGUGACAGUUUGAGCUCUGCAGAAGGUGAUGGGGGCACUCAAGCUGAAAACGCCAAAGAGACCAACGUUGGCUCAGAGGUAGAGCAUUUGGUGGAAGCCGGCGAAGAUACUCCCAAAGGUCCUGUCCCUCCCCCGAAGCUCUUAUCUGCGAUGAUGAAGGUAUCCUGGGAUGAUCCAGCUUCUGAAUUGGCAGUUGUCAAUAAUGGGAACCUGCCUGCAGCCGGCAGCAAAGAGAACCUCCGCGACGAUGCCAAGGAGGUGGCCAGACCGCCAACACCUCCCCCUAAAAUUCUAUCAAAGAAGCUGAGAGCCAGCAUGAAUUCCAAGCGGGAGAGCUCCGAGGCCGACACUUCCGAAGAUGACCAGAGACCCGAUGGCUCGAAUUCCCCAGUGAAUGGAAUGAACGGCGAAGGAGUUACAGAGCCACCUCCUGAGGAGCCGGUCUUUGAACACGGGGAAGGGGAGCUCCUCUUUCAAGAGCAGAGAGAAACGUCCUCAGCACAAGAAGUUAACAAAGAGAGCUCGAGCCUUCCUGCUAAGGGCCAGGCACUGCUGUUGGAGUCUGUGGGAAACUCUACUUCUCCUAAGACUCGGUCAUCUUCUAUGGGGGACCUGCUGACGGAACUGAGAGGGAAGCCCCACCCGGGGCAGGGUCUCCAGAAGGGAGCGGCCCCCCACGUCGCCCAGAUGGAAAAAAAGGUUGCCUACGAACGGGAGAGAACAGAACGGCUGCUGCAGCUGGUACUAAGUGAGCAGCCCCCCGCGGGCAACGGGCCGCCGACGAACAGAGAGGCACUGCUCAGUGAGGCGGUGGAACAGCUCCGGCAGGCCACGCAGGUCUUGCAAGAGAGCAAAGGCUCCGAAGAGCCGAGAAAGGAACCUGGGGAGAAGGUCAAAGGUUUGCCGAAGGACCUAGCGACUCUUUAUAGGAGAAGCGCGCCCUGAGUGGGGAAGAUGUUCUCCUUUCGGAAGGAGCUGCGUGGCUGCCACCUAAGACUGUUCAG